AUGGCGGCGACGGCAAUCACUACUCCUGCUGAACCUCGCAGCAGGACGAUUCUUCUGCUGGUUCAUCAAGUGGAAGAUGUGGCACCAGUGGCGGCUCUGUGUGCCUUGCUGGGCGAUCUGUAUCGUCAUCGAACGCUGUUUGCCCACGAACCCAUGCCAGUGCUACGAGUUGUCGUGACUCCCUCGUUGCAACAUCAUUUUGCCUGCAAUGGCCGAAUUGUCUCUUGGAGAGCUCAUGAGUCUGUUUCCAAUGGCAGUAGUUUUCGAUGGGCUACCCACGUGGGUGCUCCCGAUUCUGUGUGGCCUCUCCACGAUGCUCCAACAGCAAAUGACACCAGUUGGUUGGAAGAUGCUUUCUGGGGUAGGUCCAACAGGAAGAAUCCACUGUCGCACGACGACGGAGGCAUGGCCGAUAUGAUUUUGUUGGGAUGUUCUUCUUCCUUGACAUUGAAUGUGUGGCAACAAAUUGCCAGACUGGUAGACAAGUUGCCACAAACCAACAAUCAUUACAGCAGAGUACCACCUCUUGUGAUUGCUUCUUUGGGGAAUCUACGAGGGCUGGAUUGGCUUUCUCGAAUGGCUUUUGCCACACCACCAAGUCAGACAGCCGUUCGAUUGAAAGACCUGUCAAUACAGCCAUUCCAAGAAAUAAGACAAAACCAAUCCGCAAGAAAUCUGGGGAUACGCCCCUUGGUUUUGAUUGGUUUGCCGUCUCCGCUUUGGUUUUGUCGACGAAUACCGGAUACUCGCAGUGUCAAUACCAGAUCCAUUCGAACCAGCUUUUCAUACGAGGAUUCCUUGGUACUCAUGACAGGCAAUCGAGACUCGUCGUCUACGCAACCACAACAGAUUUGCCUCGUUUCAUCUACUACACCCCUUUCCGAACAACAAGAGGCACAUGUCCAACGCUUGCUUUGUCAAACAAUCUUUGCUCCAAAAACAAACCUGGAACUGGAUCUCUCUAUUCCUCCCAUCUCACCGACUUCACCACCAGAUGCCACACACUACAUUUAUGCCUUGAUACGAUCACUUCUGCAAGAUCCAUACCUGAUUCAGUUCCCUUGCACCUUGGCCAUUCUACAUCCAACAAAUUCCAAACAUCAUCACCAACAACAAACAGAAUGUCCUUUGAAACCGCAUCCAACCCCGGGGUGCAUAAUAUUGACUGUACUCGAGGAUCUUUUGCUGGUGCUACAUCAGCUCCUUGUCCGCACACGUUCGGAGCGAGGUGACAACAACAAUCAUCAUCAUCUGUUUGAUCAACAUGUAUUGCAGCCUCUGCGGGUGUCUCUGCUCGCACAACUACUAGGGAAUGGAGGCUCCUUAUUGGAGGAUCUCACCAUGAACCGUACGGUGGAUGUCCUGCCAAGGUUGCAUCAUCGUCGUCAAACCAAUGCAACCGACGACGAGACAAUCUGGCGACAACGAUGGAUCUUGGAACCCAUACUGACUCGGGCCGCUUUGUCGGAAUGGCAGUUCAUGACGGAGCGGUCGCCAUAUCCCAGUACAGUCGCAACCACAACACACGAGUUGAGACACCAAAUCCGCAAGGAUACCAUCCAGUAUGGCUUGGGAUUUGUAUUGCAGCUGGGACGGAUGCUUCAGAUGGAACCGAAACAAUUGGCCCUACUUGAGUGGGUCGUCGAAAGUUGUUGCUGGACUGAUGAUUCUGGAGCAACAUCAAAGCAGGAAGAACCAAUCUCGGCAAUUCCCCUUGAGGAUUGGGGGAUCAAGACGAUGCCAGAUUUGAAUGAUUUUCUGGCUCGCUCUCCCGUGUUUGGGAGACACAGUGUGUCAGUUCCUGCGCCGCUGUCGCGACUGUAAAGAGAGGAAAUCAAGCAUCGGGAUUCCAGCUCCUGGCCUUGAAGGAUUCAAUAGUUCCAGCUGGUCCAAACUGGACUUUUGGAAUCGAAUCCAAUGGACAUCGGGAGAGCCAACGUGGAACUUGAGCAUGCUUGUCUGUGAGAAGACUCGCGAGUUGCAUUGCUCAUGAUUGCACCAAUGAUCAGCAAUUGAUUGCUACAGGAUUGGUUGCAAGCUAGUGUUCUUCUUUUACGUGCGACUCAGUUUGGACCGUCCUCAGUGGCGAAGCGUCUGGCAGCACCCAACGGUGGUACCUCGGCACUCUUUGUUUGGCUCUCGUUUUUGCCAUCUACAGCGCUGCCGACGAUACCUACCCUGGAGACGCAAAUGCCAACAACCACAAUCCUCUGAAGAACUGACGGGAAGCCCAACCUACCUGCUCUACGGGAGCUGCAGGAGGCAUACACGAGCUGGCGAUUCGUUCGAGUCGUCCAUCGGGGCCACGUUGGUGCCCUGAGUGUGGUUGUCACGGCAGGCCACACUUCCCGGCCCGGCCAUGUCGUCGUAUGGGCACGGGUUGCUCCAACCACCAGUAACGAUGCUCUCCACUGGCUCAAAAUUGCCCGCAGUCAGCCAUAUCGUUGCCCUCUCACCGCCUGGCAGGGCGUUGCUGCAGGUCGUCAAGUCGCCCUUGCAGUGUUUAUAUGGAGGCGUUUGGUAUAAUUGCCCCAAGCCAGAGUGUGCGUGUGGCAUCAAGAGCGGUAUUCAAGGAGCCAGUGUGGCAAAGAUACUGAUGUAGAACCAACUCGUCCUGGUCAUGUUGGUACGUGGCACCGUCAUGGUCACGGCGCAAUACAUAUUUUCCAAGUGCACAGAUGACUGUUGCUGCCAUGGCUGAUGGGUUGUCGUUUUGGAAGUUGCGAGAAGAGCACACCCUCUUUCCCCCAAGGUGAAGGCAUCAUCAAAUCGCCUGCACUGUCUUCUCUAAGCCUGCAUACAAUACAUCGUACCCGCACGUCCCCC